AUGGUUGGACGACAUUCAAAGGAGAAACAAGUUGGAAAACUUUCCGAGUACACGUUCGUGUUUCCUCAAAAACCGGAACCGAAAACUUGGAAACAGAUUGUUUGGGACGGAAGAGAUUCCAAAUUCUUCGGAAGAACUAAGCAGAGUUGGUGGUACCUUUUCCUCUUCUAUGGAAUCUACUUCAUUGUACUGUUCAGUCUAUUUUGGGCAUGUAUGGAGUGCCUUUUUCUCACAUUGAGCGACCGAUACCCAAAGUAUCAAUGUGAAGACUCCCUAAUAGGGGUAAACCCCGGACUCGGAUAUCGCCCAAUGCCGGAUAACGUAAAGGCGGCUGCAAUGGUUCACUUCAAGCAGCACAACGAAACCGAAAUGGAUUACUGGACCUCCCGACUGGAUAGCUUCCUGGAACCAUACCAGCAUAGCUUGAAUUCACAUUCGGACGAAGGAAGCAACAUGAUGCAGUGUAAGUUUGGCGAACAAGUACCUGAAGGAAAGGCUUGUAUCUUUGACAUUGACAAACUCGGUCCGUGCUCACCGUUAAAUAGAUAUGGUUAUAACGACUCACAGCCCUGUAUAGUUUUGAAAUUGAAUCGGAUAUACGGCUGGGUUCCUGAUUACUACGAUAACGUGGAUGAGCUACCGGAAAAUAUGCCGCAAGACUUGGUUGAAUACAUCAAAAGUGUUCCGAAGGUAGAACGCCGGCAGGUUUGGAUUUCCUGCAAUGGAAUUUAUCCGGCCGAUAAUGAAGCAACUGGACCAUUUGGUUACUACCCCAGCCGAGGGAUUGCAUCCUACUUCUAUCCUUACACAAACGUCAAAGGGUAUCUGAGCCCGCUGGUGGGAAUUCAAUUUGUCAACCCAAAACGAAAACGAAAUAUUUUCGUGGAAUGUCGCGCAUGGGCCAAGAACAUCGCCUACAAAGGAGGCUCUCGACUUCGCAUGGGAUCGGUGAUGUUUUCGAUGAUGCUCGACUGAUACCGAUACUUUUAACAACGAUUCUUUAC